GUGACUUCUGCAAAGUCAUUUCAGCAGUAUGUUUACAUGGGGAGAGGACAGUCAGGGCGGGUUUCGGGUGAAAAAGGGUUCAGUAAGUGCAGCAGGUGAUGGAGUUUACUUUCUGAAGCUCGGUUUUCACAUUAAGGAUCUGUCAGCAGGUCAUAAUGUGCUCGCUUUCGUCAAAAGUGAUGGAAACGUGUUCAUCAUCCGCACAAACGAGAGCAACGAUGGAAGAAGAGUGAGAGGAAACCAGAAGUCUGUGAAAUACAAAGAGAAGAUUGAGGCUGUGAGUUGUGGUGAUGAUGUGGUCACACUGCUGUCUGAAACAGGCAGAGUUCUCUAUGUGGACUCAGCUCACCCUCCUUUUACACCCAGGCCACUGGAAGUGUUGUGUAACAUACCAGUAUCUCAGGUUGCUUGUGGGAGCCAGCAUUCAGUCGCCCUGACCAAAGAUGGUCAGGUGUAUACAUGGGGCCAGGACUUCAGAGGCCAGCUGGGUCUGGGAAGGAGGAAACUCGGUGGCGAUUCACCCCAACAUCUCAGAUCUCUGUCAUCGAUCCCCCUGGUCCAGAUCGCUGCAGGGGGGGAGCAGAGCUUUGCCCUCUCUGUCUCUGGAGGGGUGUUCAGCUGGGGCAGAAAUGACUGUGGACAGCUCGGGCUGGGAGACACUACAGACAGACACACACCAACCCCUGUUCAUUCUCUGGACAUGAAAAAAACUAUUCACAUCUCUUGUGGAAAGGACCACACUGCCAUUUUGACAAAGGAUGGUAUAGUGUUCACAUUUGGCUCCAGUCAGUAUGGACAGCUUGGGCACAACUCAUUCAGUGUUGAACUACGUCCUCGUAUUGUUGCAGAGCUCUGGGGGUCAAAGGUCAUCAAGAUUGCAUGUGGACGACAUCACACAUUAGUGAUGACGGACUCCAAGAGAGUCUACUCCUUUGGGUGUAGAGAGCAAGGCCAGCUGGGACAUGGAGAGGAGAGUCAUCCAUCUGUGCCGCUGCCUGUUCAACUGCCACAGGACACCACUGAUGUUCCCCAAAUUCGGAACAUCUACGCAGGAGGAAACUGUUCAUUUGCAACAUGUUCGUCUACUGAGGACAUUCAUGAGGGGUCAAACCGUGACAGUAUGAACAAGGUUCAGCACUGUCUUGAUGGUUUGAUUGACAAAUGGAGCUCUGCACAUGAUUCAGAGUCAUGGAAAACAAUAGAACACAGAGAUAAGCAUUUCCAAACCUCUCCAACAUACUUUGGCUUGAACUUGUCAGUUGCAAACCACAAUUUCAAUAAACUGGUGAAGAAGGAUACUGUUUUGGCAGAGGUUGAAACUGCUGUCAUGCAUUUGCUUCCCUCUCUUGAUAAGAAUCCAGUGGGUGUGGAGGGGCUGAGGAUCUAUCUGCUUCUCAUUGAGCUUCUGCAUGUGAUCCAGAAAAUGAAAUGGCAAUGGAGCACAAAUCUUGCUGAGGCUGUUGCUGCCGCCAUAGUAGGACUGUCUGCUGACAGCCUCCAGGUCAUAGGGGACUGGUGGUCCUCACUGUCAGCUUCCACCAUGAUUAAAUAUAUUGACGUGUGGAAGCAGACCCUCUCAGUGAUCCUGUCCUUAGAUCCGGUUCCACGCAACACUGGAGUCAAAAACCUGCUACUGGUCCUCCAAUACUUGUACAAUAAGGUGGCUGCUGAGCCACUUAUCCUUUGUGGCUUUCCAAUUGUGAUGGAUUUGCAAACAAAGAAAAAGGUGUUUGACUGGAAUGCUGCAUACACCAGGAUGGAAACAAUGGGUCGCUCCUGGUGGGAUUUAUUUCGUAAAUGUGGACGUGAGGUGCUACCUGAAGAGCUGCUCUUUAGACUGGACUUGACCAAAGCUUCAGUUUUGGAAGACGCCUUUGAACAACUGGCUGCUGUUGACCACAGUGACUACAAGAAGCUACUUGUGAUGUUCUCUGCUGAAUCUGAGAUGUUCAUAUUCAACAACUCCACAACGCUGGCAUGGUUCCCCUCAAGAGCAACACAAGAUGAGAAGAGAUACUUCAUGUUUGGAUUUCUGUGUGGAUUGGCCUUGUUCAACCAGUGCAUCAUCCACUUACCGUUCCCAUUGGUACUGUUCAAGAAGCUGCUCGGUGUAAAGCCUUCACUGGAGGAUAUGAUGGAAUUCAGUCCAUGUGUCGGAAAGACUCUACAGUACAUCCUGGAAGAUGAUGACAUCGAAAACCUGGACAUGUAUUUCUUAAUCAACUGGGAUGAGACAGAUGUUGACCUUGAUCCUGGCAAUCCUGAAAAGCUGGUGACAAAUCAAAAUAAGAAGGAAUAUGUGGAUGCCUACGUAAAUUAUGCCUUCAACACAUCAGUGGUGAGGCUGUUCCAGGAGUUCGAGCGAGGCUUCUUCCAGGUGUGUGACCGGAAUUUGGUGAAGCUGUUUCGGCCAAAGGAGCUACAGGAAGUUCUUGUGGGCAAAGACUUCCAUGAUUGGACAAAGCUGAAACAGAACACAGGUUAUGAGGGGGAUUGCCAUGCCGGACACCCCACCAUACAGAUGUUUUGGGAGGUUUUUGAUGAACUCACUGAGGAUCGCAAGGCAGCUUUCCUUUGGUUUUUGACAGGUUUUGAGAAGAUUCCUAUUCUUGGUGUGGAUACGAUCAAGAUGACAGUUCGAGUUAAAGAAGUUGAAGACCUCUCCUACGACCAGUACUACCCUGAGACACAUACAUGUUUCUCAAUCCUAGAGUUGCCCAUAUACUCCACCAAGGAGAUCAUGCGAGACAGGCUGACAGAGGCCCUGACUGAUAAAAAGGAAGAACUGAAACCCUUUGAGGUAAAAAAGCACAACAUCCUGCACAGCAGCACAUGUAGAUACCUGAUCCUGGACUUCAGCGGUGAAGGAGUCUUUGGCACAGUUGCCAAGUGUAGUCAUUUCAGCAGUAUGUUUACAUGGGGAGAGGACAGUCAGGGGGGGUUUCGGGUGGAAAAGGGCUCAGUAGAUGCAGCAGGUGAUGGAAUUCACUUUCUAAAGCUCAGUUUUCACAUCAAGGAUCUGUCAGCAGGUCACAGUGUGCUCGCUUUUGUCAAAACAAAUGGAAAUGCGUUCAUCAUACGCACAAAUGAAAGGAACGAUGGAAGAAGAGUGAGAGGAAAACAGAAGUUUGUGAAAUACAAAGAGAAGAUUGAGGCUGUGAGUUGUGGUGAUGAUGUGGUCACACUGCUGUCUGAAACAGGCAGAGUUCUCUUUGUGGACUCAGCUCAUCCUCCUUUUACACCCAGGCCACUGGAUGUGUUGUGUACCACAUACCAGUACCACAUACCAGUAUCUCAGGUUGCUUGUGGGAGCCAGCAUUCAGUCGCCCUGACCAAAGAUGGUCGAGUGUACACAUGGGGCCAGGACUCCAGAGGCCAGCUGGGUCUGGGAAAGAUAAAGCUCAACACCAAUGCACCCCAACACCUCCAAUCCCUGUCAUCUAUCCCCCUGGUCCAGAUCGCUGCAGGGGGGGACCAGAGCUUUGCCCUCUCUGUCUCUGGAGGGGUGUUCAGCUGGGGCAGAAAUGACUGUGGACAGCUCGGGCUGGGAGACACUACAGACAGACACACACCAACCCCUGUUCAUUCUCUGGACAUGAAAAAAACUAUUCACAUCUCCUGUGGAAAGGACCACACUGCCAUUUUAACAAAGGAUGGUGUAGUGUUCACAUUUGGCUCCAGUCAGUAUGGACAGCUUGGGCACAACUCAUUCAGUGAAGAACUACGUCCUCGCAUUGUUGCAGAGCUCUGGGGUGCAAAGGUCAUCCAGAUUGCAUGUGGACGACAUCACACAUUAGUGAUGACGGAUUCCAAGAGAGUCUACUCCUUUGGGUGUGGAGAACAAGACCAGCUGGGACAUGGAGAGGAGAGUCAUCCAUCUGUGCCACUGCCUGUUCAACUGCCACAGGAUGCCACUCAUGUUCCUCAAAUACGGGACAUCUACGCAGGAGGAAGCUGUUCGUUUGCAACAUGCUCAUCCACUGAGGACGUUCAUGAGGGGUCAAACAGUGACAGUAUGAACAAGGUUCAGCACUGUCUUGAUGGUUUGAUUGACAGAUGGACCUCUGAACAUGAUUCAAAGUCAUGGAAAAAGAUAAAACAGGAAAUCCAAAGGAUAUUUUCUUUUGCAUCCUGUGUGAAUCAAAGCUUCCUUGAGCAAAGCAGAGAUAAGCAUUUCCAAACCUCUCCAACAUACUUUGGCUUGAACUUGUCAGUUGCACGCCGCAAUUUCAAGAAACUGGUGAAGAAGGAAAAUGUUUUGGCAGAGGUUGAAACUGCUGUCAUGCACUUGCUUCCCUCUCUUGAUAAGAAACCAGUGGGAGUUGAGGGGCUGAGGAUCUAUCUACUUCUGAUUGAGCUUCUGCAUGUGAUCCAGAAACACAAACGGCAACAGAGCACACACCUACCUGAGGCCGUUGCUGCUGCUGUAGUAAGACUGUCUGCUGACAGCCUCCAGGUCAUAGGGGACUGGUGGUCCUCACUGUCACCCUCCACCAUGGUUAAAUAUGUUAAAGUGUGGAAGCAGACCCUCUCAGUGAUCCUGUCCUUACGUCCAGUUCCACGCAACAAUAGUGUCAAAAACCUGCUACUGGUCCUCCAAUACAUGUACAAUGCCAACAGCAGGAUCACAGAACCUCGAAGGAUGCCAGAAAGAGAUUUUUGUUUGUCAAUGGAUGAAGGCUUUCUCAAUCAGGAUCUGCAGCUUUGGCGUUUACGGUCACAUCGCAAGAACAUGCGUGUUGAGCCACUUAUCCUAUGCAGCUUUCCAAUUGUGAUGGAUCUGAAAUCAAAGAAAAGGGUGUUUGACAUGAAUGCCGAAUACACAAAGGAUGAAGCAGUGGAACAUGUCAUCUUUGAUUUGUUUUGGGUACUUGGAUGGUUUCCCCCUUUGCCUCAAAGGCUGCUUUUUGAACUGGACCUGAAGCGAGCAACAGUUUUGGAAGACACAUUUCAACAACUGGCUGCUGUUGAUCACAGUAACUACAAGAGGGCUCUCAUGGUCUACUUUGAUGCAAACUAUUUUGCUGUUGAUGAUGAUAAUCUCCAAGUAAAAGACUUUUUUCAUGACGUGUUUCAUGAGAUGUUCUCUGCUGAAUCUGAGAUGUUCAUGUUCAACGACUUGAAAACGCUGGCAUGGUUCCCCUCAAAAGCAACACAGGACGAGAAGAGAUACUUCCUGUUUGGAGUUCUGUGUGGAUUGGCCUUGUUCAACCAGUGCAUCAUCCACUUACCGUUCCCAUUGGUACUGUUCAAGAAGCUGCUCGGUGUAAAGCCUUCACUGGAAGAUAUGAUGGAGUUCAGUCCAUGUGUCGGAAAGACUCUACAGUACAUCCUGGAAGAUGAUGACAUUGAAAACCUGGACAUGUAUUUCUUAAUCAACUGGGAUGACACAGAGGUUGACCUUGAUCCUGACAAUCCUGAAAAGCUGGUGACAAAUCAAAAUAAGAAGGAGUUUGUUGAUGCCUACGUGAAUUAUGCCUUCAACACAUCAGUGGUGAGGCUGUUCCAGGAGUUCAAGCGAGGCUUCUUCCAGGUGUGUGACCGGGAUUUGGUGAAGCUGUUUCGGCCAAAGGAGCUACAGGAAGUUCUUGUGGGCAAAGACUUCCAUGAUUGGACAAAGCUGAAACAGAACACGCAUUAUGAGUGGGGUUACCAUGCCGGACACCCCACCAUACAGAUGUUUUGGGAGGUUGUUGAAGAACUAACUGAGGAUCAGAAGAUAGCUUUGCUUUGGUUUGUGACAGGUUUUGAGAAGGUUCCUAUUCUUGGUGUGGAUACAAUCAAGAUGACAGUUCGAGUCAAACAAGUUGAAGACCUCGCCUACGACCGGUACUACCCUGAGACACAUACGUGUUUCUCAAUCCUAGAGUUGCCCAUAUACUCCACCAAGGAGAUCAUGCGAGACAGGCUGACAGAGGCCCUGAGCAACAAGAGAAAUAGCCACAAGUGAUGGUUGCACUGUACCCCAAUGAAACUCUGUAUCUAUACUGCUUUCUAGUUGGGAUCCCCAACAGAGAACUGUUAGAGAGCACUUUGUAAAUGGCUGAG